UCCUUCAUUGUUUCACCUACCCUUAACACACAUCUCUUUUAACCAAUAUAUUUCGUUUUAUUUUUGAGAGGCUUCUUGCUGGUUGAGCAAUUGGUUUAUAACUUAACUCUGUAAACAACUCGCGUUUUUUCAAACUUGCGACACAAUUUUUAUGAAAGACCAUGACUCAACGUUUAGCUUCAGCGUUUAUGAAUUGGAGACAGCACAUCACUCCUCCGGUGAAAGAUUCAAACUUUGAGAAAACAGGCAUGAUUAGCCCUGAGCAGUUUGUAUUGGCCGGUGAUUACUUGGUGCGAAAGUUUCCUACGUGGAAAUGGGAAACAGGAGACCGUAUUCGCGAUUUUCUACCAAAGGAUCGACAGUACCUGGUCACAAAGCACGUUUAUAGCAUUCCAAGGGAAGUGAAGGUAAAUGUACAAGAAGAUUGGAUAGAUAUUGAAACGGACCAUCCGGAUGAUGCAAGUCCUGAAACACAAACGGCAACAGACACCGUUUCUGGAACCGGAGCGACCACAGAAACAACAUCAGCUUCUGCUAUACCCGACAUCGAUGAUUUUAUUGUUAGUGACGAAGUUAACGACGAUAAUGAUGAAGACGAUGAUGAUGAAGAAGACGACGUUCAAGCUGCUCCAGUGAUGCAGUCAAAAGCGAGACUUUAUGAUCUAUACAUUGCUUACGACAAAUAUUAUCGUACACCACGUCUGUACCUUAGAGGUUGGGAUAGUUCAGGGCAGCUGCUCAGUAUGAAGAGCAUCUACGAAGACGUAUCCGUUGAACAUGCCGGGAAAACCGUUACUAUGGAACCCUUCCCACACUUCCAUUCCCACAACUCAAUGGCUAGUGUUCACCCAUGCAAGCACGCAAGCGUUUUGCUCAAAUUGAUGAAGCAGUAUGCAAAUCGGGGCGAGUCUUUCGAAGUUGACCAUUACAUGGUUCUUUUUCUGAAGUUCAUAUCGACUAUGUUGCCUUACUUUGAAGUCGAUUAUACUAUGCAGGCAUAGUUGACCACGUUCAUGCACCGAGCAUGUAAUUUCUACAAUACGAAUGAACAAUAGACUCAUGCAGUUACUCUCCACAAUUACCGAAUGAGCAUACAUUCUCUUCCGUCAACGGCUUUGCCUUCGUGACUCAUUCAUUCAUUAUCCAAGACGGCUAGUGACAUCCUCCAUGUCUUCGGUGAACAACAGGUCUUCUUCCUUCACAUAACGGAUAUCAAAGGCUGCCCGUCUCUUCUCGAGCUCUUUUUCGGCUCGUUUACGUUCAACAUCUGCCUCUGUCACUGCCGGAAUUACAUAGUGGUUGUCACAACUGUAUUUGGUUAGCUAAUUGUGAUCAUUAGACUGGCCCAAUUUGGACAAUUAAGUCGCUUAACGUACUGAGGACAAUACUCGUCACUCUCGUCUAUCUCAUCUGUGAGAUUUUUGCGAAAGGCCUUCCGACAUUUUUUGCAAAUCAGUGUAAGCUCAGCUGUUUUCAGCAAAGGGUGAUCAGCAAUCUCAUUAUGACAUUCAACGCAGUCAACCCAACGAUGACAGCACGCCGUUCGAAUAGAGACUUGUGCGUUUUUAAUGUGUUUACACAUAAUGAUUGGGGAGUCUAAAAAUGAAUGAAAAAGAACUCAAAAAACAACAGAAAAUUUAGGCUCUUUAUUGACACUGAGCCUUUCGUUUUACAACAAAGCGUUGUUUUUUCUUUCAAGAAUCCCACUUUUAACCGUUACCGGCUGUAAAAAUAGGUUUGUGUUGGUCUGUCUGUGAGGCGACCGAUUCAAG